UCUGUUCCUCCCUGUUCUCAACUGGCACAUGCCUAGCCUUGAUGGGGUCAGACCACUUUGGUUAUGAUACAGAACUGCCUAUGGAUAAACUGGAUACACUAUGUGUAAACCUGAAUUCCCAAUGACCAUUUUCUGAAAAUUGAACUGGCAUCUCUCAGAAUAUCCACAAGGAAUAAUCAAACGGAAACAUAUUUUAAAGAAUGUGUGUCUAAUUCCAGCUAAUGGCCUCACUGUAUGGAACAAAUAAAGACAAAGUACAGGGAAGCUGCAACUACGCACACAGGUAUAUGUAUUUACUGAAGAAUUAAAUGAGUAUAACACAGGAAAAUCUUUUCUAUGGAUGAGCUUCAGAAGAAAUUAAACCAAAGAUAUGCAGAGAGACCCCGGAAGGUGAGAUUUAAAAUUUCUUCCGCAUACAGUGGCCGAGUAUUGAAACAGGUCUUUGAAGAUGGCCAGGAACUGGAGUCUCCAGAUGAAGAAUAUCCACAUAGCUUUCUGCAUGACAGUUUUGAGACUUCGGAACAUUACUUCAGCUCAGGAGAAGCUCAUCCACAGUUUUACCCAACAGCUCGACUGACAGCUCAGAGAAUAAGUGUCUUCAGAGAUGGUACCUCCUACAGACUUGCAAGUGACCCUCUGAUUUCUGGCAGCAAUGAAACAGACAAAAGCAAUUCUGAUGUUAUAGAUUUUGGCAAAAUCAUAAUCUACACCAGUAACUUAAAGAUUAUAAGAACCCCAGUUAUAAAUAAAGAUGUUUCUGACAAUCCAAAAUGGUCACCUAAACAGGGACGAGCAGUUGAGAAGGACUUAUGCCAUAGAUCAAUGGAGGGCAAUGAAAUUCCUGAGAUGAACAAGACACAAGAUACUCAGGAUGAGGAGAUUCUUCACCACUGCCCACAGUGUAAAGGCUCUGGAUGCUCCCCUUGUGCUUUAUGCCAUGGCAGCAAAUUAACCAUGCUAGCCAACCGGUUUAAAGAGUCGUACCGAGCAUUGCGUUGUCCAGCUUGUGACAAGAAUGGCCUGCAGCCUUGUCGGACAUGUGCUUAUGAUUCUGGAGGAUACAGCCCAUCACUAUCUCCUCGUUCUUAAAAACAAAAGAAUUGCUUCUUUUUUCAAAAUAGCAAGAUCUUCAGUUACUGCAACAUCAGAAAAGUGAUACAGGAGGAGAUCACAUUCCAAAGAUCAAGAUUUCAGACUGAUAACACCAGGUUAGCUUAGACAACCCUCAAUUGAUUACCUGCUUUGGGACUACACCUAGGAAUCUAAUCAGGACACCAAAGAAAACAUGGCCUUCUAAACCAAACAUACUUCCACCCCUCAAAACUUGUCACUUGGUACAUGAAGAUACUAAGGUGUGGAAAGACAGUGCCUUUUGAGUUCUCUACUUAUUAUCCCAAAAAGGAGAACCGGACAUUCUGUGUGGAUGAUGAACUGGAAAUGUAGAUAUUCAGAAUUAUCUUCAUAUUCAAUCAUUUUACAUUUACACUCAUUUCUGUUUCUAGAUAGGUCAUUAUAGGUGCUAGGCUAAAACUCUGACAUAUUAAAGAUACCUACUUAGUAGCAGGUAAAAUAUGGUGCAGAGUAUUACUUGUAACAGAUGUCUGAUGAUAAAGGUAAAAGAAAUAUGACAGUGCACCUGCAUGUAUUGAUCUUAGAUGACAUUUUUUUUCAAGUGGAUUCAAACCCAAUAAUAUAGUUAACCUCUUUUACCAUUCUGAAUAAUAUGUUUUACAUGUGUGAUUACUGUGAUGAGCUGUUGCUGUUUAGUGUUUACUUUUUCUUAUACUGGAAAUAUUAAAGAACUUCACUAAUGCUGUGCA